CGAUUUAUCAUAAGUAUCUAUUCCCGUCAGCUGCAAUCCCGGCGUUUGUUUGUGCUACACAGCCCCUCCAUCUGUUUUUGUCGCCCUGGACCAUCGUUUCUUGUGUAUCCUAGUUGAUCUCGACAAACUUCUCAAGAUGCUCGUCUCCGAGAAAGUCAGAGAAAUUGCCCUCGUCUGGUUCACGGCGCAGGUUAUCAUCUUCCCAAUAAUCCAAGCGACGAGAUGCUUCUGGCGAGACAACAGCUUAGCUCUGGACGAGUACGAACCGUGUUUUCCCACUCGAGCAAACAGCGGCUGUUGCGGGACCAACAAGAAAGGCGACCAAAUCAAUGACAUCUGCUUGUCGAAUGGGCUGUGCUACGCUCAGGUUCGUCCCUACACGGGCCUCAUUCUACAGAACACAUGUACGGAUCAAUCAUGGAAGAGCUCGGAUUGUCCGAAGAUCUGUCCCGAGGAUAUGCGCACCACGUUCGGCAUCCACGUCCUUCCCUGCCCGAGAUACAGCAAUAGACAUUGGUGUUGCAGCUCCAACGGCUCCGACUGCUGCGACAACGCCUUCGAAAUGGACAUGGGCACGUUGAUGCUUCCGUCGGAUAACGCGCCGACAACGGUCUCGGGAAAAGUGUCUACAUCAACCGCGACCGUGUUUUCGACAGUGACGAGCAAAAUCAAGACGCCUGGCGGGGGGAGUGACGAGGACAAACAAAAGACUACUCUGGUUGGAGCUGGUGUGGGCGCGGGGCUGGGCGCUUGUAUCUUGGCAAUGGCGGGCGCGCUUUGGUUCCAGAGACGGAUGUACGAGAAGCGAUUGCGAGAGUCGAAGGCGAUUCAGGCACAGACGUUUGACCAGAACUAUGCCCCUGUGCGCGUGAUGCCGCCGGCUGAAUUGCCCCCGAAUUAUCAGCAGACUGUCUAUGAGAUGCCGGCUGGAAGUCCCGGGGGGAGAGGGUUGUUUAUAUAGGAUUUAGCUGUUGUAAAUAUUGAUGAUUGAAUGACAACGUUUAGG